GCGAGAGCGAGAGCGAGGAGCGCGGCAGCCCGUCCACGAGCCGGAGGAUGAGACACGUCUGACUCACCGAGGCGCGUGGAACUACAGGAGCUACUGUGAAUUUUGCACUUCGAGGUCGAGACGAGCGUUUUUCUUUGGUUAUGAUGAGCGCUUAGGCUGGUUCACGGCUGAUUUUAGAACCAGUGAUCCGGAGCCGGACUGUUCUCAAUAGGAAGCGACCCGGAGCAGCAUGUCGUCCAGUGAGGAGCCGUCUGGAACGGUCCUGCACCGGCUCAUCCAGGAACAGCUCCGCUACGGGAACCCCACGGACACCCGCACCUUGUUGGCCAUCCAGCAGGCCCUGCGCGGAGGCAGCGGCAGCCACGCCGGACCCAGCCCGCGCUCCUCCCUGGAGAGCCUCACCCAGGACGAGACCCCCUUCCCUCAGCUGUCCGCACGGCAGGAGCCCCAGGGCCAGGAGCACCAGGGCGACUACCAGCACUCGGAGAGCGGCUACCAGCUCUACCAGCUGCACGGCGAGGAGCUGCCCACCUAUGACCAGGCCAAGGCCCAGUCUCAGUAUCUGGCCUCCCACUGGGCCCCCGCGGGCCCCCUCGGGCAGCUCCAUGAGGAGAAGCUCCUGCACGAGGGCGCCUUCCACGAGGAGGCCGACCCGCUGGACGCGAGGUGCGGCCACGCGCGCUCGCUCAGCGAGCAUCGCCUGCAGAUCUCCCUGGAGAGGAGCGACGCGGCCGCUAAGGCGGACGCCCUCAGGAGCACGUCUCACAGCUACCCGGAGCUGCCGUGCUACGCGCCGCAGGCCCCGCCGGCCACGGGGCCCGGCCCGGAGCAGCGCUGCCCGCCCCCGGAGUACUCGGCCCCGGUCCAGGGCCACGGAUUUAUCCCCCACCCGGCCCAGGAGCCGGCGCAGGCACAGCAGCACAGGUACGUCCAGUCUGAAGUCCCCUGCUACGCCACGUUCGCCAGCCUGCCCCCUGCAGGCCUGGAGGAGCCCAACCAGCUGGAGCUGCUGCUCAUGGAGAACGAGAGGCUGAGGCAGGAGCUGGAGGCGCACCGAGAGAAGAGUGGCCGCAUUCAGAAGAUGGAGGACGAGAUCCAGCGCAUUUCCGAGGCCUACGACACGCUGAUGCAGGGCAGCAGCAAGCGAGAAAACCUGGAGCAGGCGCUGAGGAGGCGGCUGGUGGCGGAAAUCAGGAGGCUGCAGGACUUCAACAGGGACCUCAGAGAAAACCUGCAGAACGCCAGGACGCACGUGGCGAAGGAGGUCCAAGCGGCCGACCACAACCAGAACCUCAUGGCGAAGCUCCUGGAGCAGAAUGAGGAGCAGAACCUCGAGCGGGAGCGCGUGGAGCGGGAGCUGGAGCGGCUGCGCUCGGCGGCGGAGGAGCAGAGCCUCCGGGCCAAGCGGCUCGAGGAGGCCCUGGAGGCGGCGCGGGGACGCGGGCGGCAGCUCGAGGAGGAGCUGAGGAGGAAGAAGGCCUACGUGGAGAAGGUGGAGAGGCUCCAGGGCGCGCUGGCCCAGCUGCAGUCCACGUGCGAGAAGAGGGAGACUCUGGAGAGGAAGCUGAGGACGCGACUGGAGCAGGAGCUGAGCAGCCUGAGAGCGCAGCAGAGGCAGUCCCAGCCACCGGGAGUGACCAUGAACUCCCUCCAGGAGCGCCUGCGCGAGCGCGAGGAGCGGAUCCUGGCGCUGGAGGCCGACACGGUGCGCUGGGAGCAGAAGUACCUGGAGGAGAGCACCAUGAGGCAGUUCGCCAUGGAGGUGGCCGCCACCGCCGCCGCCCAGAGGGACACCACCAUCAUCAACCACUCGCCUUGCCACUCGUCCAACAACAGCUUCAACGACGACCUGCCGGGUACCGAUUACAGGAAUCAAGAGAUGGAGAACAGGAUUCGAGCCCUUUACGCUCAGAUUUUGGAAAAGGACGCCGUGAUCAAGAUCCUCAACCAGCGGCUGCACCAGGACCAGGGCCGGAGCGAGGAGCCGAGCCCCCCCACAAACCUGCUGAACACGGCCGGGGCGCCCCUCCGGCCCGCGUCCUCCACCCCCUCCCUCUGCACCAUGAAGGCAACCAAGAGCCGAGGUAAAAGUCUUUCAGAUGAUCAGACCACUCAGUCUGAACCUGGGGCAGCGGAGCAGCAGGCGGAGGGAGCCAAAGCCAAAGAGACCACCAGCACAACGAAGCUCAGUCGAGACAAGGCAGCUCCUAGGAAGCUGCUGUUAAAUCCAUUCAGAGGCCUGGAUGAGUUGGAGUCGGAGGCAGUGGAAAUCUUCAUUUAGAGGACUGAGGAGCGGCUCUGAAAGAAACCAACAACUGAGAACCUGUGAAGAGUGAAAGUCUGCGAGUGAUGGGGGGGGGUGGGGGUGGGGGGUGCAAGAAUGUUGUGGAAGGAGGCUGAUGCACGACAAAAUGACUUAAUGCUCAACUUGCUCUCACCAAGCUGGACAGCUGCAGGCGGCCUGUGAGGCUGGGUGAGACGCAAUGACUCUCCCAAGGUACUUAGACAGUAUUGUGGAUUGUAUAGGGCAACAUGUUCUCAGAAUGUAUGUCAACAUAUAUAUAAAUUAUUGUAAUUGCUGCUUUCCCUGAGUUCCCUCCUUCCCUAUUUCAUAUAUUCUGUUGAUCCAGUGAGUCCAGAAGAAGCUAUGUAUGUAUGUAUCUUAUCUGGUUUCCACAUUCCCCCAAAUAGUAAUUGAGUCAUACUUUAAUAGACAAACAUUCACUAAACGGUUAUCCACGUCUGAAAAAAAUGUUAAUCUGUCUAACAUCACUCCCUCCUCCCGUGGAUGUUUAACUGUGUGGAAGACUUUGAUCCAUAAUUUAAGCUAAUAACACAUGAAACACUGCUGAUGGAAAUGCUCCCGCUGUUGGCGUCCGCGAAGCCGGAGUAGCUGGUUCUACAAAGACUCGAGGGGGAACGAGAACAGCGAGAUGCAUAACACAUAAUAUAUAUUUGAUCUAUUUUUUUUUCUUUUGCCAAACUGACACAGAUCUGUUGUAAUUGUAUGUUUGCAUGUGUGACAACAGUAUGCGAGUGUCUUUCCUGAUGGUGAUUCUGCUGGUCCGGUCACCGAUGUGGAUACAAGUUGAAAACAAUGUUGUUUACUGUGAGCUUUGAACUAACGAACAGAUUAUUAUUAUUAUUAUUAUUAAUAUUAUUGUUAUUAUUAUUAUUUAGUUCUUGAUAUGACAGUGCUUUGAGCAGGAUACCAAAGAGUUCCACUUGUUGUAAGUUAUAUGCUGACAAUCACGGUCAUGUCCGGCUGUACACAACCGACCAAGUGUUGACGUCAAACAGGCAUUUCUGUGAACUUCAAACACUAUGAAGGUUUUGCAGUUGAAUUCAUGCAACAUUUCAUAAAGCAAUAAACUAUAUGAAAAUG